GAGAGGGUCAAAUAGAGAGGGAGAGAAAAGCUCAAAGACAGAGGGAGAGAGAGACAGAGAGAGGAAUAUAGGAUGAUAUUUAGCAGAUACAGCCUAAAUGUUUCAAAUGAUCAAUUUGAACUUGGAGGUUCCUUUCAUAUAAUGUGAUAUAAUAUUAUUCUUGGAAAUAAAAUAAAACCAAUCAUUGAAAUUGUUUAAACUUUUUGUUAUAAAAUAAAACAUUCCCUCAACUGCGUUUCCCACUCCAAUCAGCAGAGGGCGCUGUGGGUCUUUCAGGCAAGUCUGCCAGAAUGUGACGUGUGGUGAACUGGACUCUUCUUUAAACAACAACAGCUAGUCGGUCGUCACUAGUUACCACAGUCACAAAGUCAUAAUUAUGGCUAAACCUCGCUCAAUUCUACAACUUCUCUUAUUAAAAUGUGAUUUUUAAACCUAACCUUAACCACAUUGCUAACCCUAACCUUAAAUUAAGAAAAAAAAUAACAUGUUUGUUUUCAUACAUGUUUACGACAGCCAAUGUUGACUUUGUGGCUGUGGUAACUAGUGACAACCCAGCUAGACAGCCAUGUUAUUUUAUAGUUAAAUGACAGUGGUCAGCCACUUCGGUAGCUUGCUAGCUGAAACAUUGCAGCUCUUUAGACGCGUUCGUGUAUAUUACCCACUGUGUUUUAAACAUACUUCUGUCGUCUAGCUAGUUAUCCCAUUUAAUUUCAUAUUUACGUUGUUGUUAUUAGUCAGCUAACGUAGCUGGCUGGUUAAGUUCACUAGCCUAGCUAGCUAACAGCUAGCUAACUGUUAGCUAACAUCCCCGACCAUGAGUUCACUAAGCUACUCUCCUCCUGCUAAAGAAGAGGAGAUCUGCUGGACGGAGAAAGAGGGUCUGUGGCUGAACGUUGUUGUGAAAGAGGAGAAGGAAGAGGAGGAUGUCACAGUAACAAAAGUAGAGGAUGAGGAUGUUUCAGUGAAGGAAGAGAAAGAGGAGGGAGAGAUAACUGUCAUAUUGGAAGAAGAGGAAGAGGAGGAUAUUGGACAUCUGAUUAAGCCCAGAGAGAGACGGGACUAUCGUGGAUCCUCUGGGGAGCCUCAACAACAUCAUGAAGCUGAAGAGACAGAGAAGAGUCUCUCCACAUCAGAACGUCUCAAAAAACACCGGCAGAGACUCACAGGGAAGAAAUCUCACUGCUGCUCUGACUGUGGGAAGAGUUACUCAAGAUCAGAUUCAUUACAACUUCACCUGAGAAUACACACUGGAGAGAAUUCUCACUGCUGUACUGACUGUGGGAAGAGAUUCACCUCUUCAGCAGACCUUAAAAAACAUUUUAGAAUCCAUACAGGAGAGAAACCUUAUAGCUGUGAUCAAUGUGGGAAGAGUUUUACUCGUACAAGUAAUCUGAAAGCACACCAGAGAAUACACACCGCAGAGAAACCCUAUAGCUGUGAUCAAUGUGGGAAGAGUUUUUCUUCAUCUAGCCAUUUGACUAUACACCAGAGAACACACACAGGAGAGAAACCUCAUCACUGCUUUGACUGUGGAAAGAGUUACUCAAGAUCAGAUUCACUGAAAGUGCACCAGAGAAUUCACACUGGAGAGAAACCUUAUAGCUGUUAUCAAUGUGGGAAGAGUUGUAAUAACACAAGCAGCCUGAAAACACACCAGAGAAUUCACACUGGAGAAAAACCUUAUAACUGUGAUCUCUGUGGGAAGAGUUUUAAUGAUACAAGCAGCCUGAAAACACACCAGAGAAUUCACACUGGAGAGAAACCUUAUUGCUGCUCUGACUGUGGGAAGACCUUUUCAAAAUCAUCUACAUUGCAAUCACACCAGAGAAUUCACACUGGAGAGAAACCUUAUAGCUGCUCUGACUGUGGGAAGACCUUUUCAAAAUUAUAUACAUUACAAUCACACCAGAGAAUACACACAGGAGAGAAACCUUACAGCUGUGAUCAAUGUGGGAAGAGUUUUGUUACGUCUAGCCAUCUGACUAUACACCAGAGAACACACACAGGAGAGAAACCUCAUAGCUGUGAUCAUUGUGGGAAGAGAUACUCUGGUAAAAGAUCUCUGAUUAAACAUCAGAAAAUACAUACCUGAAGGAGUUGCUUCAUGAUAUCAAUGAAAUAAUGUCACAAUGUAGAAUGUUUUAACAUUGUAGUAGGAGUAUUUUAAUGAUGUCACAAUGUAGAACCCUAAACGUUUGCCCCCUGUUCUAUUGAUUUCAACAUGAUAUGGAUAUUAGCCUCAGGGGGAAAAUCCAGGCUCUGAAAUGGAAGAGUACUAUUUAUGUGAUUUAACAAAAAGUGUCUAACACAAAAAAGUUGCAUUUGCGACCCACUUGAAUGAAAAUGCAACAAUUCAAAAUGUAGCUAGCUGUUUUCUACAAGUUGUGCUCUAACCAGUGAUGUACACAUUAUUCCCAGAUUCUGUGUGGUGUUUGAGCGGGAUGUGCAACCUCAUCUCUCCCCUCUCUCGCAAUUGAUUUCAACGUGAUAUCGAUAUGAGUGAUGACAAAUAAGUGUUGCAUUUCUCUUCAUUCUAGGGACCCCUACAUGUAAAUGCAUCACUCCAAAAGGUAGCUGACUGUUUUCUGCAGAUUGUCCUCUAACCAGUGAGGAAAAAGAUAUCUCCCGUUUCCAUUUUUAGUUGCAUUAGUUUCAACAGUACAACCUGAUUUCCCAACUAAUCUAUAUCCGUGAUUUAUUGCUACUUGUAUAACAAGUGUGUUUGGUGUUUGUGCAGUUUAUAAGGUGUUUUAAAAAAUACAAGUAAUAUGAUUGUGUCGAUAGUACAUGUUAUGUUUAGUUUUUCAAUAUAUCACAAACGGUUUCUGCAUAUUGGUUAUUGAUUUGGACACGUUAAAACUGUUUUGACAUUGGGGCUAUCCCACCUUGCAAAAUGUAAUUGAAAAGAAGACUAUGCCAACUUCCAAUCUACAUUCGGUUUAGGUUGAAAGUGAAAGUUGAAAAUAGAUUUUUUUAGGUCUUGGAAAAUAAGUAUUUUUUCAUGUCUUUGAAAAGACGACUAUUUAACAACGUCAGUCGCUUUUGGUUGAACGUUGAAUAGACUUAUUUUUCAAGUCGUUUCAACGACUCCAUUGGAUCAACCUAAUUUUAACGUACUUGCAGUACAGAAAAUUGGUUUAGGAACAAUUUUACAUCACUCCCAAUAUUUACACACACAGUAUUUCUUUACAACAUUCAAUUGCUAAUUGUCUUUAUCAAUUAUUGCCAAAACAUAUUACCAAAGGGGUGUACAUUUAGUUUUGAUAUUUCAUAUUCCAUAAAUGUAAUGUAACAUUUAGUAAUCAUAAUUAUUUAUGCAACUAACUUACAAUUUUUGUACAAUGUAGUAAAUCAAGUUUGUGCCAGGAGUCAUUACAUCCUGAUCUUACUGUUUUAACCAAUGGCCUUUCCUUAGAAUGCUCAUUAGUCUUACAUUUUUUUGUUAUUCAUUCUUUUUUUCCCUCUUAUGUUUGUUGUGUAGUAAAUAUUUCAAUUUUCAUUUUUUUCCUGUAAAGCACAUUGCGUUGAA